GUCAGUUUGAAUCUAGAAGUAGUCCUGCGAUUGCUGGUAGUCGGAGGAGUCCAUCGGCCGCACGGUGAGUGCCGCUACCUACACCGAGCCAGCACCGGCCCGCCCGGGCCUGACACCUGCUGGACACACUGUUACAGGAGCAGCAUAGAGCAGAUCAGGGCCAACACCAUGGAAACCAAUGGAAUGUUAUUACUGAAUUAGAAUGGCGCCCACCGUGAUUAGUUAUACUGGGCAGCAAUGCGGAGUGUGUCCAUAUACCGGCUGCUCCGAGGCUGGAUACUGUGAGGAGAUCCUCUCCCCGGGAUUAGCGGCAGUGAGAUAGAUAGAUAGAUAGGGUUAUCUCUAAAUAGAAGUCCGUUGAAGAACUGCUGUUGUGGUAAAUCUCCUGUAACAGAAUCCAGCCCUGACAGAGGAGAUUUGUUCAAUGUUCACUAGCAAAAAUGAGUACCUGCCCCUUUCAUAUCAGCCACAUGUCUUCAUGGUGGGAAGAUCAUUUAAAGGGGCACUAUAGUCACAACACCACUUUAGAUGAAUAAAGCAGUGUUGCUGUAUAGAUCACAGCCAGGGGAGGUGUGGCUAGGGCUGCAUAAACAGACACAAACUGAUUUAACUCCUAAAUGGCAGAGAAUUGAGCAAUGAGACUUAAGAGGCAUGAUUACAUGAUCUUUGUACCCACAGGAUGAGUUCCUGAUUUGAAAGGAAUACUCCAACUGCUAUAACCAAUAUGGCCUGCUGUAGUGUGGAGUAUGCUGUGGCCUGUCACUGCCCCACAGUAAGUCCUGCUGGGCGCCCAGGGCCACAGACCCUGUAGUGUGGAGUAUGCUGUGGCCUGUCACUGCCCCACAGUAAGUCCUGCUGGGCGCCCAGGGCCACAGACCCUGUUUCUGAAAUUCUGUUGCUAGAGAAUCCAGUUAGCUGUGAAUGGCCACGCCCAUUGGCCAAAAGCCUCCGCUUUUAGCCAGUGAGCACAGUUCUGGAUCGGACGUGAUUAAUUCUAUAAAGAUGUCCGUUUUCUCAUGCAGAAGAAGACCUGAUGCUUUAUCGACACCCAACGAUCUAUGCAAGUUGUCGAAAAAUAUACUAAAUGGUCCCCACAAAAACAUUGUAGUGGUUAUGAUGCUUGUGUUUCUUUAAAGGGUGUUAUGUUGCCAUGAUUGUCCUCAUGACUUCCCAAUUAAAAGGAACAGUCCAAGCACCUUACCCCCUCCCCCCCCAUUCAGGUAGUCAAACCAUUAUUUCUUCCAUUGACUGUGGAGAGCCAGAGGCUCUUGCCCAGAGCUACUGUUAGCUUUUCUGUCAUGCAGGGCCAGCUCAUUCAUUGGGUGAGCGUGUCAGCUGAUUGCUUUCAGCCAAAUCGUUAAGCUCUGCACUGUUAAAUUGACUAUUUACAUUGAGUGGGGUAACGGAGCGCUAUUGGCACCAUAACCACUACAGCACACUGUAAUGGUUAUGGUGCUUGGAGUGUUAUGGCCCAUAUCUUUCCUGUUCCUUGUUUAAUGGUUUUAUUUCCCCACUUAAAUACCUCUGUCAUAUCUCUGUAAUUCUCAAUCUUUGCUUUUGUUUUUCCUUAAAUGACCUUAAAUCAAAUGUUCAUCUAUGCACACCCCCAUCUCUUAGCCCAUCUGACCCUAAUAUACAUCUCUAUCCCACAGUCUGAUUUUUAAACAUACCCAGUCCAGCAUAGAACUCAGAGCUCCAUCAGCUGUUCCAUGGCCAUUUGAAACCGGUAGCCUUCUGGAAGACUGCAACUUCCCUUAGAUGUAGCAAAUGCCUUUAACAAUUAUUUUGUCGGAUGCUCUACUGCCCUGAUUGCCAAGCUAAUAAAUUACAUGCAUCCUGAAACUACAAAUGUGGAUCAGGCCCCACUAAAUUUGCAAAGGCCCAAUAUAGAUAAGUUAAAUUUUAGACCUGUACCUGUUAGUGUCAUUAAAAAAACAUCUUAAUAAUCUAAAAAUGAAAAACCAGUCCGGACCUGAUCGAAUCCCAGCAAUGCUGUUGAAGCUCAGUGCGCCGGCAAUUGCUAAACCCGUCUCAACUCUAAUUAAAGAAUCCUUGGUGUCUGGAUACAUACCAAACUUUGGAAGACUGCGAGAGUAGUGCUUAUCCAUAAAAGUGGUGACAGUACUUUGGUUUCUAACUAUCGCCCAAUAUCAUUGCUCCCGGUAUUGUCAAAAAAUCUUAGAAAAAUGUUUCCAUACGCAACUUUGUGACUACUACCAACAAUUAAACUAUCUGACCCCUGAUCAAUCGGGCUCUCGCCAGAAUCACUCCACUACAACUGCCCUCCUAAAAGUUUGCAAUGACAUCCAAACUGGCAUGGAACAAGGAGCCCUAACUGGAGCUAUUUUCCUUGAUUUUGCUAAGGCCUUUGACACAGUAGACCACGACAUUCUACUGCACAAACUCGAAAACUCAGGUAUUGGUGAUCAUUCUCUAAACUGGUUUCGAUCGUAUGUAUCGGAUCGCUCGCAAUAUGUGUCCAUUUCUGACAGUGACUCCCUCCCUCUCCCAGUCACGUGUGGUGUUCCCCAGGGUUCCAUUCUCGGCCCCCUACUAUUUACAUUAUUUAUAAAUGAUCUGCCUAAUGUCUGCCAAUCCUCAAAUGUACACAUGUACGCAGAUGACACGGUCAUCUAUGCGAGCAAAUCCGAUCUACCGCAACUUGAGGCUUUGCUCCAAGACCAGUUUACAGAGGUAGAAAAGUGGAUUGCAAAAAACAAACUCUUCCGGAAAACUGACAAAACUGUCACAAUGAUCUUUGGAACAGUACAUAAAUUAAACAAAUUACACAAUUCCCACCUAUCCAUCAAAACAAAUUCAAAUGGCACACUGACAGCAGUCCACUCUUUCAAAUACUUGGGUAUGAUAUUAGACCCCAAUCUAUCUUUUGGCCUGCACAUAGAAAAGCUUGCAUCUAAACUUUAUCCAAAAUUAGGUGCCCUGUACAGAAACAAAGCCUGCCUAAGCCCUACAGUAAAGGAAAAGGUUGUACAGCAAAUGCUGAUGCCAAUCAUUGAUUAUGGGGAUGUAGUAUAUGCAUCUGCAUCGCAAUCCCACAUUAAUAAACUCAACACAUUGUAUAACUCGUUCUGCCGAUUUGUGCUACAAUUUAAUUACAGGACCCAUCAUUGUGACAUGCUAAAGGAACUAAACUGGCUAUCGCUGGAAUCCAGACGCACCCUUCAUCUUUCCAGCCUUGUUUUUAAGAGCUUUUCGAGGAAACUCCCACCCUACCUGAACAAAAUGCUUUCCCCGGCUGUUCCCACUUUCUAUAAGCUCCGAUCCAGUACAAGCACUUUACUUAGUCUACCUCAAUACAAAAAGAAAGCAGCCCAAUCCUCCUCCUCCUACAGAGCACCGCAAUUGUGGAACGACCUCCCGCACAAUUUAAAAUCUUCCCUAAGCUUAAAGUCAUUUAAGAGAUCCCUCUCUACAUACCUCAAAACAGAAUGCACGUGUCAUGGUUGAUUAUAUAUUUCCUGCCUGUUCUAUGUUAAAUUUUGUAUAUAUUGUGUAUUAAUAUUGUUUUUGUAUUUUGUUGUACCUAAUGUAACAAUGCAAUGAUUUGUGGACCCAGGACAUACUUGAAAACGAGAGAAAUCUCAAUGUAUCUUUCCUGGUAAAAUAUUUUAUAAAUAAAUAAAUAAGAACAGUUUGAUAUAAAACAGGGCAUUUUGUGGUGCCUACAGGGCUCUUCAAAAGUAGAAACCAAUCCAAUUAAAAUCAAAAGGCAUUUAUUUAUUGCUCCUUUGGGCAUUAAAAACAAACAUAUAACAAAAACAGCCGCACCAAUGAGAGUAAAUGUGAAACGAGGUCAAGCAGAAAUAUUUUGUUCUUAAAAUAUAAAUUAUUUUUGAAUUCUCACUUUUGUGAAUAACCCCGUAAAAAUGCUAAAUUAUACAUUGCAUGAUGCUUCCAAAUGCUCUACAUGCUUCUCAUUUAGCAUCCCAUUGGCUUAGCGCUGUGAUUGUUGCACAUGCCAAGUAGGUCCCCAAUGUUCCUUUAUGAGAGGCAUACAUUUUACUGAAAAUCAUCUUAAGCCAAGGAGGAGCAGUUGCUUGGUGAUGGAUAAAAGCGAGUUAAAAAUGCAUUAUUUAUUUUAAAAGAGGAACAUAAAAAGUCCUCUGGACCACUUACAGGGUCACUAUAGUCACCAAAACAACUAUAACUUAGUUGUAGUUGUUCUGUUGAGUAUAGCAUGCCUCUACAUGGUUUUUAAUGUAAACACUUCAUUUUCUCUGCCUAGGGACACUUACAAUGACCGUUACUCAAACGGCAAUGAGGAGUGUCACUCUCUGCAUGGUGAUGCUUAACUUUCCCCAUGGAAAUGCAUUGAUUCAGUGCAUUUCUAUGAAGAGAUGCUGAUUGUCCAUCACAGUGUUUGGCUCCACCCCCACCCUGCUUCCUUGGCUAAGAGCAUCAGAAUUGAUCUCAGCCAAUCCAAUGCUUUCCUAUGGUAUGUGGUCAGCCAAGGAGUUGGAUCGGGAGCAGGGUCAGCGUUGGUAAAUCCGUUCGAUGCUGGAAUAAAGGUGAGUGAGUUUUUACUCUAUGCAAGGGGACACUGAGGGCUAAGUAAUGUUUUUAACACAAUAGGGUCAGGAAUACACAGUUGUAUUCCUGACCCUAUAGUGUUCCUUUAAUCAAAAUAUAUUUAUUUUAAGUGUUAGAGUGUUCAUUUAAUUAUUUAUUCAGAUUUUGAAAUUGCAAACAACUUGCAUUCGUUGUUGUUUUUUGGGGGCAUUAUUUUCUUUCUUUUAAAAAACUGUCUCCAGGAGAUAAAACCCUGUAACACAUUACUUCUAUUGCAAUCUAACUUGCUAAAAAAUAUAAUUUUCAAUGUCACCUAGAUUAUGGCAAAAUUCUUGCAAGCACGCCGAAGACCAACAAAGUACAGAAAGAGACGGUGGACAAAUAGUAAUCUUAAGAGUUCCAAGCAUAAAACAGAAAGGUAAUAAUAAAAAAGAUUGAUACUACACUGAAAUCAGAAGUACCCAACAGGUAGACCACUAGAUGAUUUAUAACUGCAAUUACCAGACCUUUUCACAGACAAACAAGUGCAUAGGUCAAUUUGUGUGUUUGUAUUAUUUUUAAUUAAUAUGGCAAGUAGGACCAUUGGACAAAUUCUCUUUUGACACAGCUAUUCAGGGAAAUCUUGUUUCCACAAUUCUCCCAGAAUUCACAGCUUCACAUUAAAAUAAGCACAGAAAGGCAUCAUGUUUCAGACUCCAUCCUGCAAUUUUGCAGUCAACCUAAGCAGUAAAUGCUGAAUUUAUUGUUAUAAAUAAUAGUAAAAAAGACAGAAGCUUCAUCAAAGCAUAGUAGAUGACCGAUGUUUUACAACCUAGAUGCACGAGUAGGAAGCCAUUGCACUUAUGAGGGACUUUUGCUGAAGAUAACUCAAUUUGCCCAGGCCCCACUACGAGCUAGCACAACAUGCCCACUGAUCUGUUCUCUCUUAGUAUGCAAAUCUGCAUCUCUAAAGCAUCUAAUCGCUAAUCCUCCUGGGAUGUGAGCGGUGCAGGAGACAACAAACUUCCAAGGCUGGAGGCCUAGGUAAACAUCUCCUGGAAGUAAUGCAUUUAUAAGUGAAAAACACCUACACAAAGUGGAGGGUAUCUUACCCUUUAAUAACAGUGAUACAGAGGCAGGAGAGCAGCAAAUGCAAAAACAAAAUCGACAAAUUAUAGUGCAAAUGGUAUAAUGUCCACAAGUGAGGUAUAGCUAAAAACAACUAGGAAGACACAAAUGAAGCAGAGCCUGGUAACAAUGAGGCUCAAUACUUGCACAGGUUUGCCUUUACGGGUAGCAACUGUCACUGUGGAUCCGAGAUUACCGAGCCUUAGAAUGGCCGGACUUAAUGUAAAUAUACAACAAGAAACAGGGUCAAGAAUGAAUCAAGGACAGGAAUACUCAGAGUCAAGACAAAGCCGAGGUCUGAAUACCAGAAAUCACGAGGCAAAUACGAAGCUGAGGUCAAGCACAGGAAAUCACAAGGGAAUCUAUAGGAGCACUAAAUGAAGAUCUAGCCGAAACCAGUUCUGAUAGGUCCACGUCAUCACUGCGAUCCAAAACAGAUUAGGAUCACAAUGAUGAAGUGGUCACUUUAAGAGUGGGCGUGAUGUCACUUCCACAUUUAUAUAUAGACGUCCUGUUGCAGAGCCGCGUAGUUUAGUCAGACCGCGCGGCAGGAGGAGGUCUGCAAGGAUUGAGGGAGGUGAGUCUUCUUUAGUGUGCCGCACGGAAUGGUUGGACUGUGCGACACGAAGGGAUCUGCGCGGCUCAGCGGAGGUAAGUAAUGCCACAGCAACACACCUUUCUUCUUAUAAAACACCACACUCGAAAGGGAGAAGAAAAAAAGGCAGUAAUAGAGCAGAUAUCUAAAACUACUUUAAUAUAAGCAAACAUGCUGGAUGUUCUCACCUGGAUAAGAGCCAAAUAGGUCCUGGAUAUAUGUAUGUAAGCUUGGUGUCACUUAUGGCAUAACACUGCCCACAACUGUAUACCAAUGAAUGAAGCUGCUGGAUACUGCUAAAAUAUACAAUGGAGAUGUCAUAAAAGAUAUAACAAUAUUUAUUUAUACGCUCAUAUAAAAACAAUAAAAGUGCAGUAGCUGCAAGAAUUCAAUUUUCGCCAAUAAUCCAGGCUUCUUAAGUCUGCUAGAAGUAGCCAGUAGAGAUCAGAGAAGUAAAACAAAGUAAAAGAGGAAAAAAGUGAGGGACUGGAUAAGGAAAUAGAAUGAGAUAGGGGUCUCAUUUCCCCCAGGCUAUAUCCAAGGAGUCCAAAGUUUGCAUCUCAGGACUGGUCACUGGAGGUGUCCCUAGGGGGCAAUGGAAACACUGCCUUUUCUCUGAAAAAGCAGUGUUUACAUGAAAAUGCCUGCAGGGACUGUAGUUGUUAUGGUGACUGUAGUGUCCCUUUAAAGAUCUAUGAUAACACAUGUUUUGUCUGCAAAGUGUGCUGUAUGACCCAAGAUGGGUUAAAACACAUAUACAUGCUUUUUGAUGUUGUUUGUAUGUUCUGCUGCUUUAUUUAGUAUAUUGUAAUCUCCAUUUGCAGGACACCAGAACACAUAGUUACUAAACUGCCUUGGCACUCAAAUUUGUUCCCUGCUGGAUGCUUUAGAUUCCCCAGUGUAAGGAAUGCAGUGAAUUCAACAGUGAAAUCUUUUAUCUCUUUGUUCUUGUGGCUUCACAUCAGUGUCAAAAAGGUAACUAUUUUAAUGUCACCAUUAAGGGCCACAUGACAGAGAGGUUUAUUUGUAUUAGAAUUUCCCUUUAUGUAAACUUUUAAUUUAUAUAAAUUUUCUGUGCCCAAGUAGUAAUAACUAGUAAGAAUAUAUUCUUAUUAGAAUUAUUGUUCAAUGUAAUGUUCAUCCAUUACAUCCACAAUGCUUGGAUUCCGUGAUGCUGCCCAUCUUCACCCAUUUGAAGGCCUCUGAUAUCUUCUGGAGCCUUUGAAAUGAUUGAGAAGAAGGAAAGUAUGAUAAGUUAUGCAUAAGUAAUAUAAAUUAAUAUAAUAAUAGUAAUAUCUAAUAUUAAAGGGACACUAUAGUCACCCAGACCUCUUCAGCUCAAUGAAGUGGUCUGGGUGCCAGGUCCCUCAGGUUUUAAUCCUGCAGAUGCAAACAUCGUGCAGAGCGUCCAUAGGAAAGCAUUGAGAAAUGCUCUCCUAUGGACAUUUUGAAUGCGCACGCGGCACUUGCCGCGCAUGUGCAUUCGACUCCGCUGACAUCGGCGGGGGAGGAGAGGUCACCAGCGCAAAGGGAGCCGACGCUGGGAUAAGGUAAGCUGCUGAAGGGGUUUUAACUCCUUCAACACCACGGGAGUGGGACCCUGAGGGUGGGGGCACCUUCAGGGCACUAUAGUGAUCCUUUAAGAUACAAAAUAUAAAAUCUAAAAAUGUAUUAAAAAAGUAUUUGAAGAUGGCUAUAUAUUUAUUUAUUUUUUUUCCAGACAUAAUACUUUAAAUUUUUCAGGCCAUGUCGUAUGUUCUAUUUUCCUUAUUGUAAGAGGGUGCAAGGUCAAUUGUAUUGGCGUCUGCCUACAAUCACAAAAUAGGUUGUAACAACAUGGCAUAGUAAAAUAAUUUGUAAUGGAUGUUCAUGAUUAUGAAUUUUGUUGUUUUCACCCUUUUUUUAUUAAGUUAAACAGUGCAAUUAUUUAUAGGUGCGCAUUAAUGAUUAUUAUUUUCUUUUUUGACAGCGUCUUGUUUUGGUUAAAAAUACAAUAUUUCCAUCAUUAAUCUGCCAGUUGGAACUGCGCACACUUAGGCAUCGUUUACAGAAGCUAGAAGUAGAAUUUUCCAAGUUACACGCGUCUCUGCAGGUGAGUUAUGCAGUUGUAUAUGAAACACCAAACAUGUUGGGGAAAACAGUUUUUGCUGAAAUAGCCAUUUCAAAAGACUGUCCAUUUAAAAAUGGCGGAGAAAAGAGAAGUGUAACUGAAUACUUUUCUGAUGGAAAAAGUGGCAGUUAAUCCCUCUGUGCAAUUAACCCUUUUCCCCCUGGACCUAACUACUAAUGAUCGAUUUCUGUAUUAUAGCUUGUAUGAGAAUUGGCCUGCAAAUUUGGUCAGACUGAUUUGGCUGGCAAACAGCAGAGAACUAUGUUAAAAAAAAAAAAAAAAAAUGUAAUGAAAACCCAUAAAAAAAAUAAAAAAAUAGUGAAGUGCUAUAUUUAGUGCAGGCGCCUGAGGGAGAAUCGAGGUGGUGGCAAACAAUGCAGGCGAGUGGCGAGGGAGCUGUACUUUUUAAACUCUUCCCACUCUGCUCUCUUGCACACCCUGCAGUGAUGCCACAAGCCUGAAUAUGACGUCACUCCGGUUCCAGCAUUAUUAAACAGAGAGGAGAGCAGGAAUAUUAAAGCAGACUGAUCAGAGUGCCUCUAUCCACAUCCAAAAGUGCUGGUGGGACAUGAGCAUCAGAACUGGACCAUGGAGCAAUGAAAGAAGGUUGCCUUGACUAAUGAAUCAUAUCUUCUUUUAGAUCAGUUUGAUGGUUGUGUAUGUCAUUUUACACAGGGGAAGAUAUGGCAUCAGGAUGUACUAUGGCUGUUGGAGGCAGUAUUAUGCUCUGGGCAAUGUUCUGCUGGGAAUCUUCGGGUCCUAACAUUCAUGUAGAUGUUACUUGUCACCUACCAUCUACCUUCAUGACAAUAGUGUUCAGCAUCAUCCUGCUGAAAGAAGUAGUGGCCUCUUUCAGCAAGAUAAUGCACCCGGGCUCUGCAAAAAUAGUUCAGGAAUGGCUUUAAGAACAUGACUAAGAGUUCAAGAUGUUGCCUUGGCCUCCAGAUUCCCCUGAUCUCAAUCUGAUUUGAGCGUCUGUGGGAUGUGCUGGAACAACAAAUUCGAUCCAUGAAGGUCCCACCUCGCAACUUGCAGGACUUAAGGAUCUGCUGCUCAUGUCUUGGUUCCAGAUAACACAGGACACAUUCAGGGGUCUUGUGGAGUUCGUGCCUCAAAGCAUUAGAGCUGUUUUGGCAGUAUGAGGGGGACCUACACGAUAUUAGGCAGGUGUUUUUAAUGUGUUGUCUGGUGGGUAAAACCACUUUGUGCCGAUAUAAAAGUCAGCACUUCCGUUCUUGUUGCAACGUUUGUAACCUGAGUAUAGUUGGACAAGGAUACUACAGGGUUCAGUAUGUUAUAAGAAGAAUACAUUUAUAUAUAUUUUCAUACACAUUAAAAUAAACAGGAGCCCUUACUGCAAUCCCUUCACUCCGAAACGCGUGUCACCUCAAAUGGCUCUCUUUUUUUGUAAAUAUCUUCUUAUUGGACAUUUAAAAUUUCUUAUUGCAUGAAGUAAGAAGAAAACACGUAGAACGGGACAUGCAUCCAUAUUGUCACUGUAGCAUACAGCGAGUAAGAGCAGGCAUUAAAGUUAGGCAUAAAAGCAGUCACCACAGGAGACUCGCAGGUCUCAAACAGAAAAGUAAUAACAUUUGAAAGGGACUCGCAUGUCUCAUAUCGAAAGACAAAAAAAAAAAAAAUAUAGAAACAUUAGGGGGUAGUGCAAGUGGAAACCAGCCUUGGCUGUCUCAGGCUCAUGGGAUGCCUUAUCUACUCCUCCAUGCAAGGGCAUUGGCACGUAUGUGUAGAGUGUAGGGAGUAGGAUGAGAAAAAGGAUUUGUGGGAAGAAGAUUGGGGGGGAGUGGUAGUGUGGGGUGGGUGGUAUGUUGGGAAGGGGUAGUCAGUCCACCUAGUUUUCAGUGGCGAGUGUAUCAGGGUCAGUUUAUUGUCCUAGUCGGGAAGCAAAGUCUGCAUCAGACGUAGUCCGUAUCCAGUAUGUCCAGUGUUCAAUAUCGAGUCUUUCUGUGACAUAAUAGCAGGGAGCCUGGGUUGUCAGAGAACAACUUUAGCAUGUCUUGAAUCCCCUUCCAAAAUGGCCUGAUACGGUUGCACUCCCACCAGCUGUGACCCCACAUUAACCUUUUUUUUUUUAAACUAUAUUAAUAUUAGGAUUAAAGGGACACCAUAGUCACCAGAACAACUACAGCUUAUUGAAUUUGUUCUGGUGUAUAGCAUCAUUACCUUCUGGAUUUGUACUGUAAACACUGCUUGUUUCAGAGAAAAUGCAGUGUUUACAUUACAGCCUAGUGAUAACUUCACUGGCCACUCCUGUUAGAGAUCCUUCCUGGUCAUGGCUGCCUACAAUGCAUCCAAUCAUUCAGUAUCUCCUCCCUCUGCAUGCAGACACUGAACUUUCCUCAUAGAGAUGCAUAGAUUAAAUUCAUCUCUAUGAGGAGAUGCUGAUUGGCGAGGGCUGUGUUUGAAUUGUGCUGGCUCUGCCCCUGAUCUGCCUCUUUGUCAGUCUCAGCCAAUCCUAUGGGGAAGCAUGAUUGGAUCAGGCUACCACUUCUGCUGAUGUCAGCAGGCAGUGGGCAGGUCAAAAGGAAACUGACAAAGCAAGCAGCUGCAGACUUGAAUACAAGUAAGAUUUUACUAUAUUUAGGGAGGCAUGAGGGGGACAAGGGGGCUAGAUGGUGGUUUUAACACUACAGGGUCAAGAAUACAUGUUUGUGUUCCUGACCCUAUAGUGCUCCUUUAAAAUAACCUUGGAAGACCUCUAAAAUUCUCAUGAAUAAAGACACACUAAUAUAUAAAUAUUUAAAAUCUAUUCUAAAUUACCUAUAGAUUGAUUUUUAUUUUUUUAAUUUAAAGCACUUGUUGCCCUCCACACUUAUACCUUUUUGUUAGCAGACAUUUCUGUCUAUCAUGAUAUUUGAAUGUUUGGUUGCAUCACUUGGUUCCGGAUUUAAGUUUGCUUUCAGAUAUGCUAAAAUCCGUUUUACAUAUACAGUAAUUCUGAGGCUAUAUUGCAAACUCCAAACAUUAGUAAAUUUUGAUUAAUACGAUUGCAGUCUGAAUGGUCUUUGAUUAUUUUUGCUAAUUUGGACUCUGAUACUCUAAAACAUACCAAUUCUUUGACAUUUAGACAAGAACAACAAGAUCUGAAGGUGCUCAUAAUUCAAUGUUAAUUCAGUUUUAGAUUUCUUAAAUUAAUCUUUACAUGAUACCCUUAGUUUAAAAAAACAAAACAAAAAAUAAAUUCUAUACAGAAACCCUUUAUACAAUCAGCUAUCUAAAUCUCAUAAGAACUAGAAUUUGAACUUGUUGGGGGGUGCAUUUUUAAGCUUUAAUUUACUUUGUCUCCUAAAAUGUAUUUCCUGUUUUCUACCAGGAUACAGCCACAAAGUCCCAUUCAGCAAGCAAUACUUGCUGCUGUAAUUGCAGCCAAAGAACAACCGUGCCUCCUACUGUAGCAUCUACUCUUCAAUCAACAGAGCAAUUUCUACCUUCAUCCAUAUCCGCACCUCCACCCCCACCUCCUCCUCCUCCACCACCCCCUCCAUUGCCCCUGCCUCCUCCAUCUUUCUCACUCCAAAAGCAGCCUCUGCCUGUACUGAAGAAAGUAGAAAGCAAGAGAGCUCUCAAGGUGGGUGUUGUUUGUGUUUUUGUGCUUCGACAGGUGGGAGUUGUGUUUUUGUGUUCCCUGGGUUAACUUUUGUGUGUACCAUCGUCAAUAGAAUUAUCUCAGCAGGAAAGUGUUUAUUUAUGGAAGAAGAAAAGUACUUGUGCAGAUUCAAAUGUUUGCAAGCACACCAUUCUGUGCUUUCAUACCGUUCUAAGGGAUGUGAUUGGCUAUCUGGAGAUAUGUGCUGUAUUCAUGUUAUCUGGUGAUAUGUGUUGUCUUUUAAAGAAUUUUCUGUUUCUUCCAGAAUUUUUUAUAUAAUUGUCAGAAGUAAUAUAUAUCUAGGUGUUUUCUUUUUAUAACCAAAAUAUGUUUGGCAUACACGAGGCUAAUGAAAAAGGAAAACCAAUCAUUUACCAUUAUCUAUAUAUCUCUUUACCACAACCAAUAAUGUUAUUCUCUUUUCUCUCCACGCUAUCUCUGCUUCCUUUCAUUUCUUUCUCAUCCCUCUUUUUCCUUUUCCUCUCUCAACAGAGUUUUAAACCAUAAAUCUACAAUAAUAUUGCUACUAAUAAUAAUACCCAAUAAUCCUUAUUCAUUGUUUGAAGCAUAGUUUUUAUUGUUGUAUCAAAUAUUAACGUAAGCUUUAAUUUUUUUUUCUUCAACAGGAAAAUCACUGCUCUGUCACUUUUUAUACUCUUGUUUGAAAUACAAGUUUUUACAUGAUUAAGUUUGUCAACAGAAUAAAUAUAUACUUCUUGUUUGUUUUGUUUUUAGGAAGAACAUGUAGGACAAGAUGGCCCCAUUCAAAUAACUCUAAAAGACCUCUUGAAUGUUAAGUUGCGAAAGACACGAAGCAACCUAGAAAAACUCAAAGUAUAUUUUCAUUUAGUCUUAAUAUGAGUAUUGUGUUUUUGUGCUUUUAGAUGUAUGUGCCAACUUUAUUUCAAUAGUUUUCAUUGUUUUGCAAUUUUUACUUUCAUGAAUAGAGGAAUAAAACAUUUUUUGUUGAGGCUUUAGCAAAAAAUAUGUUUUUACACCUAAGUAAAUCAUAGAAAAUAAUAAUGUAUAGCAUUUUGGCAGAGAAAAAUAGAAAAUAAUCAUGUUGUCAAAUUUAGAAUCCAUAUAAUUAUUUAUAUACUUUUAUACUUAUAUUUGGGGCGUCUACUAACAGAAUGAUAAUAUAAGAGUCCGAAAAGUGUUUAUCUGAAAAUCAAAGUAAUUAAGAUACAAAAAAUUCAAAAGGAAGUGCAAAUCAAUUAGUUUAUUUGUACAUUUUCUCUUUACAUAAAAAUAACUACCCGUUAACACAACUAAUUUUAGAGGAUUUUGGAUCAUUUUCAAUAUUCGCUAGCUGUGGUAUUUUGCAAGGUUAUCUUUCCAUUGUUUUUAGUCUAUCACAGGACAUGACGUACUUCACUCAUUAUAUGCAUAUACACUGGUAACCAGGGCCGGUGCUAGGAUUUUUGACUACACAGGCGAAGAUGCAUUUUGACGCCCCCCCCCCCCCAAAAAUAAAUAAACAAUGCAUCUUCACCUCUGUGUCUCGUAGCCCCCUUUUGAAUUUCUUACCCCCAUUAGUGUUGCAUAUCCACUCUCUUGAAUGUCUUACCCCUUUGGCCCCUUUGUGCCUUACACCCCCCUUUAGUGUGUCUCCUACAACCCCUCUUAUGUAUUUCUUACUUCCCCGCCAGCCCCUAUCUAUCUCUCUUUUUCUCCCACAUAGACAUAGAUACAGGCAAAAAUACAUACAUGCACAAAUACACAAACAUACAGACACACAACCAUACAAGCACACAGACAUAAUUUUUCAGGCACACAGUCACAAAGAUAUACAGACACACAGUCAUAAAAGGCACACAAACAAACACAGUCAUACAAUCUACACAUAUAGGUACAUUGUCGUACAAACACAGACAUACAUUCAUAAAGACACAGGCACUCACAGAAAUACAUACACAGACAUAAAGAAACAGAGAUAGGCAUACAGAGACAUACAUACACAGACAAACAAAGAACCCUGCACACUGAUACCGUGUAAAUGCUCCGGCCAUCAACAGAGGUGGAUGCUCCAUGUCAGGCAGACAUUGCUGGAUCCACCAGUAAAGUCUUCAAAAGGAAUAAACGCAGGCAACACUCCAAUAGUAAGGAUGGUAUAUUUAUUGGUAGGUGAACCACCCCAUAGAAAGUGUGAUGUUUCAGCUCAUGUAAUAAGGCUCUGCUGAGCCGAAACGACGCCCUUUCUUUGGGGUGGUUCACCUAUCAAUAAAUAUACCAUCAUUACUAUUGGAGUGUUGCCUGCGUUUAUUCCUUUUGAAUACAUUUACACAGUCAUACAGAGACAUACAUACUGUAUGUCUCUGUAUGACGGUCUGUGUAUGUACACAGGAUGGCUAAAAGAUAGAUCCCCAUCUGUCGUGAAACUUCAACAAUGCUUUGAAAGCUGGGGCUCUACCGAUUCCCCAUGCUUGCAGGAUUGUAUUUAGCAUGGAGCAGUAUUUGUGUGUUUGACUGUAAGCAUGUGUUUGUAUGGAGUAUGUUUGUAUGAUUGUAGCGGUGUGUUUGUAUGUAGUGUUUGCAUUUGAAUGCAAGCAUGCAUUUAUGUGUAGUGUUGGUUUUUGAACGCAGGUGUGUGUUUAUAUAUAAUUUUGGUGUCUGAUACAGAGGUGUGUUUGUAUGUAGUGUUGACAUUUGCAUGCAGGUGUUUAUUUGUGUGUAGUGUUGUGUUUGAAUGCUGAGAUAUAUGCACAUAUACACAUACACUGCCACACAUGCACACACUGUGAUACACAUACACAAAGAUACACACACUGACACAUGCAGAUAUACAUAUACACAAACUGAUACCCAUUCAGAUAGACACACAGGUACACACAAACACUGACAGACAUACAGAUAAACACACAGUGACAUACAGACACACAUACACAAUGAUAGGGAAGAAGACACACAAAGACACACUAACAGACAGACACACACACACACAGACAUUUAGAUACACACAGACACAUGGACAGAGACAUAUACAUACACACACACACUGACAGACAUGGAUACACACACACACACUGACAGACAUAGAUACACACACACUGACAGACAUACACACACACACACUGACAGAGAUAGAUACACACACACACUGACAGACAUACACACACACACUGACAGACAUAGAUACACACACACACACUGACAGACAUAGAUACACACAGACACACUGACAGACAUACACACACACACUGACAGACAUAGAUACACACACACACACUGACAGACAUACACACAGACACGCUGACAGACAUACACACACACAUGCUGACAGACACAGAUACACACACACACUGACAGACAUAGAUACACACACACACACACUGGAUACAUAUACACACACUGACAGACAUAGAUACACACACACACACACACUGACAGACAUACACACACACUGACAGACAUAUACACACACUGGACAGAUAUACACAGACACGCUUGACAGACAUAGGCUAUACACACACACACUGACAGACACAGAUACACACACUGACAGACACAGAUACACACACUGACAGACAUAGAUACACACACACACACACUGACAGACAUAGAUACACACACACACACACACACUGACCAACAGGUUCAGAAGGGGGGCUUACCUGGGAUCCAAAGUGCUGCCUGAAGUAGUUGGGAGUUGGAGGAGCUGGUCCUGCCCAGCCCCCUCCUCUCUGCCUUUUGCUGCUGUAGUCUUCUUGGGAGGACUUCCUCCCAUGCUGAUUAGAUGGGGGCCCGUAGCUCCGCCCCUGCUGGGCACCAGUCGCGCUGUGUGCUACAGAGGGAGCAGGGAUAUGACGUUCAUAUCCCCGCCCCCUCCACACAGUCCGCGGCACUGCAGGUUGGCGCUCGGCCACGCUACAAGAAGAGACCGGCAGGAGAGGGGAGCUGUGCGCUUCUCUCCUGCCGGCCACCCGGACAUUUGCGCCCCCGGGCCGGUGCGCCCUAAGGCGGCCGCCUGUGCCGCCUUAUGGACGCGCCGGCCCUGCUGGUAACCAGAUCCGGUGUGUUGUAAGCUGUGUAUUACAAAUCAGAAACUCCUUCUUUUGAGCUCUUUUUUUUAGUUUUCUUUUUCUUGUGUAGUCCAUGUGAUAACUGGAAUUAUGGACCCUAAUGGCAUUCAUUUCUUUAGGAGGAACCCCAGCACAAGGAUCGAAUUCCUCUAAUUACCAUUUCAGAUUUGAAAGGUGUGAAUCUGAAGAUUGCCUCCAAGAUGCCACCAAGGCGCCUUACACAUGCUUUUAUGUAAGCACAGGUUCAAUUAAAUCAGUUGGGGUCUGAUUGGAGCAUUGUUUAGGAAUAACAAUGUAUCUCAUUAUUGUCCACAGAGGAACGCCUAUGAAAAGUCCAUUGGACUUGAGAAGACGUCUUAAAAAGGUCAACAUGAUGAGGUAAUUUUGAGAUCUGUUUGUUUUUGUUAUUGGAAGAUUAUGCAUUAUCUGAAAUGUUAUAUAUAUAUUAUAUAUAUAUAUAUAUAUAUAUACACACACUAUAUAGAAAAGACUGGAGGUGAGAGAGGGACAUAUGGCUGGAGUUGUGGAAAAAUUGGAGGAAGAAACUUUGAGAAUUGGGGUGGAAUUUGGAAGUAUUUCUACACCAGGAAUUUCAUCCAUUUCUUCUUUUUGGCUCCAAGGGAGCUGUUUCCAUUUGCAUCCUUCGUGUAUAAAUGAACACCUCUCAUGUACCGUAUAUACUCGAGUAUAAGACGAGUUUUUCGGCACAUUUUUUGUGCUCGAAAGCACAUAUAUACUCGAGUCACUGUCUGUAUUAUGGCAACUUACAUUGCCAUAAUACAGACAAGGACCGCCGGGCUCAUUACAAGCCCGGCGGUCCUGUUGGGGGCUGGCAGCGAGCUGUUACUUACCUUUCCUGCAGCUCCUGUCAGCUCCCUUCUCAUCCGGUCCGGUCAGCUCCCUUUUCCUCUAUUGUAAGUCUCGCGAGAGCCGCAGGGUCAGAGCGUUGCCACGCGGCACUCAGCCCGUGAGACUUACAGGGGAGCUGAACGGACCGGAGGAGAAGGGAGCUGCAGGAAAGGUAAGUAACAGCUCGCCGCCAGCCCCCCUCCAACACAGCCCAUGCCACUAGACCACCAGGGAAUAAUAUAGCCCCCCUCCCUGGCCAGGUAUCAAGCAGGGAGGGGGGACGAAAAAAAUUAUAAAUAAAAAUUUAAUAUUAAAAUAAAAAAAUAUUAAUAUAAAAAUAUAUAUAUUAAAAUAUUAAUUAAAAAAAUAAAUAAUAAACAUGCCCACCCCCCACCAAGGCUCUGCAUCACAUACACACACACACACUGCAUUCAUACAUACACACACUGCAUUAUAUACACACACUGCAUUCAUUAUAUACACACACCGUAAAUAAAUAUUCAAUUAAUAUAAUUUUUUGGGGAUCUAAUUUUAUUUAGAAAUUUACCAGUAGCUGCUGCAUGUCCCACCCUAGUCUUAUACUCGAGUCAAUAAGUUUUCCCAGUUUUUUGGGGUAAAAUUAUGGAACUCGACUUAUAUUCGGGUCGACUUAUACUCGAGUAUAUACAGUACUUAUUUCUUAAUUUGAAAGAACUUUACUUCCCAGCUGCAACUAUUAAUUUCACAGCAAGUAAAUUGCUGCAUUGUGUGCUGUGCUCAACCUAAUAAUUUGUCAGGUGGUAAUAUCACCGUUACAAGUACACCUCACUAAUAUGGCAGGUUAGGUUUCACACCACUGCUGUUAAGUUACUAUCGUCUCAGAACAUGUUUACACUGUCGUACAUCAUUUGGAUAUUAAGUGCACAAUAGCUCUAAACCCCCCAAAAAAACUAAUGUAAAAAUAAUACAUUUUUUAAAAUGAUACCACCAUGCAGAUUACUAACCUUAAAAUAGUAGGGAUUCAUUAGCUGAAUAUAAUAUGUGGCGCUACGCUAAUACAGCACUUUUCAAAAUGCCGUAUUCACAAUAGUGUUAAUUGUUGGGUAUCCAUGGUUAUUUAUUUAUUAUUGUUUUGCUUUUUUUUUUUUUAUUUACAUUUUUUGUUGAGGCAUACAAGAUAAUACAUACCAAUAAGGGCAUGUAUAAAACAAUAUGCCACCGGUAACAAAUAGUAAAAUAUAUUACAUACAAUAGGAUACAUUUAUCUUAAUUAAGCUGUCAUGGUGUCUCAAAAGCAAGAACCAUGUGAGAAUAAACAGUUACAAUUAUUAUUAACUUGCCUUAUGAGAGGGAGUUUAAAGACACAUAUAUGAGACUAAUGGCACCAUCUCAACUAGCUAUUUAAAAUUAAGUAGGUUAUUUAGUGAGAGUUGGAUUGCCAAACUAUCAAAAGAAAACUGCCACUGGAUAGCAAGACUACACUAUAGUAGAUAUUAUUUGUGAGCAUAUUAAUAAAAUAAUAAUCAUAACAGAAACUAUACACAAAUAAACUAAGCAUUGCUGUAGCAAGCACACUCAGCUGAUGGGGAGAGAGGAACUGGAGCCCAGCCAAUCUGAGGGGGUCACCCCACCAGCCUUAGGCUUUAAUACAAUUCAUCGCUAUGCUCCCUGUAAUCCAACAGUGUCUGGAGAUGGUACUCGAGAUUGUUUUGUCUCACACACCCAUCGUUGCAGAGCUGGAACUCUCCAACUUGGCGAGCUGUGCCUAGGGAUAUGGCCCCAGCUGGUUCGCAGCCUAGGCGAUUAUGCAGCGUCUGCUCGUGGCUCCUCCUCUGCGAUGCCACAAAGGGAUGCACAGGAGAAAUUUUGCCUACGAUUGGCUUGGCGUAUGGGUGUAUUAUUACUUACUCAAGCAUUUAGUUUUGAACAAAGUUGUGUGCACAGAUGGUAAAAUGAUUGAGGAGGUGGGUCCACAUGGGUGGAUGGCUGUGGGAAGGCCUGUGGAGCAGCAGACCUCAAUGUGACGACCAUCUUGAGAAGUAGAUCUCAACCCUCCAAACAGCUUAUAAUUGCAAAUGUCAUAGCUAGUCAAAUGCAGACCAAGCACUCCGCAGUGUGUUCCUCAUGAGAAUUAGCAAGGUAUAAAAUGGUUUGGUCAAUUAUUAGACUUAGAGUUUUUUCCCAGAGGAGCUCCAGCCAGAUAUGACUAUCUCUGUUGCCCUCCCUUUCCCAGGUAAUUUUCUAAUUUUAGUAGAUGAUGUGGAAAAUAAAAUAUGUUUUCAGUUUGGCUGUCUUCGCCUAAAUGUUAAUUUAACUUUUUUCCAAAAUAAAUGACCUUGUUUCUGUUCUUCACCAGGAGUCCUGGAGGGACACCAUUAUAUGACCGUGAUAACAAAGAAAAUGGCACCGGAUUAAAUCCAAUGAUGACCAGAGCAUUGAGGCAGAAAUUUCAGGUACAUUUUUAUAGUUUAUUUAGAUAUUUUUCACUUGUUUAAUUGAUAAAGAUAUGGCUCAAAGAUCUAGUUGUUGUUUUUUUUAAUUGAUGUUUUUCAUAUUUUUAAACCUUCACCCUAAAUAUCUUCCUCAUUGUAAAUAUAACCCUCUAAUAUCAUUCAUGCUAUAAUAGGCUGGUGCAAAUUGAUAGAGGUUAACAUUAUCUAUGUAUUGUACCAGCUACAUUACCACUAGAUAUAUAUAUAUAUUUGUUUGUUUGACCUGUCCAGCUUUUACCUAGCAUAAUAUUGGUAAAAGAGUAGAAACAAACAACUUCUCCAAAUAUGCUUUGCAAAGUUUGGGGUUAAACCGUUCCUUAACGGUUUAACUCCUUAAAGGAAAACUAGAUACAGGUUAGCGCCUAUUGCCAGUUGUUUUAUCACUAGACCUUUAAAGGGACACUAUAGGCACCCAGACCACUUCAGCUCAUUGAAGUGGUCUGGGUAUACUAUCCCAGGUCCCUUACCCAGGCAAAGGUAAUUAUAGCAGUUUUUAAGAAACUGCAAUAUUUACUUUUCAGGGUUAACUCCACCUCUAGUGGCUGUCUACCAGGGAGUUUAAAGAAAGAGAAGGAAUGGUGCAGUAAACGGGAAAUAUCAGUUGAUAUAGGGAGGUGGGAGGGCUACAAUUAAGUAGGGUGGUAUGGAGAGAGAAGAGCCUGUCAGGGGAAGAUAUUUAAGUAGGUCAGCAAUGUGCAGUGCGUGCAGGCAACAGCCGUAAACUGUGCACAGUAUUGACAUUGGGUAGCCUGAAACAGAGUUUUGGGCUGCCAAUGUCAUGUGUGCAGGGGAUGCAAUUAUCCCCCACACACACAAUUAAAUAUAUCUCUGAGUGUAUAGUGUUUCAAGCUGAAACACUGCACAUCUUAACUCUUACCACCAUGGCCACUUCAAAUCACUAAAGUUGUUGUGGUGGUUGCAGUUUCCCUUUAAGCUAAAGUUAUUAUGGUUCUUAGAAUAUCCUCUGUUGUCAGAUGCCGGGCAGACGUGUCUUGCAUGAGCUCUGGACUUUUCAGCACUAAAUUGCGGAUUUCUGUCCAAAAAUUCUGGACUGGGGGGGGUAGGGGGGGGCGGGGGGGGGUAUCCCUGUCUAGGAGGCGUACCGGCGGAGACAGGCAGAACCGCAUGGCAGCCUCCCAAAGCGGGAAACACAGCCACCUAACCAUCAGAUGGCAGAACCCAGCCCUCGCAAGCAACCACACUUGAAUCUUUGAGGACUUCUGGGCAAAACUAAACCGCUGUCUAAAAGCACCCUCCUCACAGAAGCCAGGCUGUAACUCACCACACUAAUGGCACCCGAGAACUUAGCUCCCUCCAGCGGCAAGGGCUCCAGGCCGGCGGCAUCUCAACACACACCCCCUGCUGCAAAACGCAAGAAAGACCCAGCGGGAUUACCGGCAAUCAAGCAGAGGGGAGGACAGACGUACUCCCGGCCGAGACAAGCAGCUACCAGACAACGGGCAAAGGUACACACCACUGCAGCAAGAUUCCCCCUCUACUUCCCAAUCUGUGAAGGGAUACUGCAACCGCACGGAAGGUACCCUAAAGAGCACCCAACGAGCUACGUAUUAGACACCAAUCUGGUCCAGACCCUGAUGGACUUACACACCUGGCUCCGGAAACCCUGCAGAAAAGGCAUAGGGUGAAGAAUAGCCUGCAGAGGGACUUGUUCACUCGCUGUAGGAGAUGGCUCCUGCAAACUGAUACCUACUUCAUGCUAGACCAGGGGUUCUCAACCCAGUCCUCAGGACCCCCUACCAGUCCAGGAUUUGGGGAUUACCUGGGUGUGUCUCAGGUGUUUAGAAAAGGGGAAAAAAACACCUUAGAUUCUAAGGUGUUUUUUUUUUUUUUCUAAACACCUUAGACACACCCAGGUAAUCCCUAAACCCUGGACUGGUAGGGGGUCCUGAGGACUAACGUUGAGAACCCCUGUGCUAGACUGACUUUCUCAAUAUCUAUACAAUAUACAAAGCUAAACUUAUUCAAAGUGCACAGGCUUUAUCCUAUGCAUCACUAUAUCUAUUGUGUGCAUUACCUUUUUUAUUUUCUUAGCCCUACACCCAGUAUGGAACUAUUAUCACCAAGAUCUACAACAGGUGGUUUUUACCUUACCGUUCUACUAAAAAGAGUGCAUGGAGGGGACAGUCAUAUGACUUCUGUGGUUUGCAGCCCUCAAGACCGGUCGAGCCCCAGAUCUCCAUAUAGGAGAAGUGAAAAACCGGCGGCCUUCCCAGGAUUCGGUGCAAGGCCUUUGGAUAACUGCAGGCUGUGCAGAAAAUGCUUAGCCAUGGUUGCAGGAGAGUCUGAACAACGGAAGUCUCCACCUCUUCAGCCCAAGACAUUGCUUACUGGAUUAAACAGGCAGUGGUAGAGGGGAUUACAAAAUCCAAUACAGAUAAAAGACCCAGAUGUGAGACCUUUGGUGUGUAUUCAGAUCAUUCUGACAAUGUUUUCAGACAGGCCUCUGGCUCUCUGGAAUUUGAGCCAUUCUCAUCCAGUGGGGUAGAGUUUAUGGUACAGCCUGGCUCUUUGGACUUAAAAGCUAAUGAGCAUUUAAUUAUGGUGGUCAGAACAUUGGAUUUACCAGAAGAGGUCAAAGAAUGUUCAGCUUCUGACAGACACUUUGGGGACUUACACAAGAGAAGACCUUCUAAGGAUCUCAUGCAUUCCGCAUGGCAUAAUCCAGGGAAAAGAAUUACCAGUCAAGGAAGACUUUCUAAGUUAUACUCGAUAAAAGAGGAAGAUUCAAGAAUGUGGACAGCUGUACCAAAAAUAGACGCUCCUAUCAUUAAGGUAGCAAAAGAUCCAUGCUUCCUAUUGACAUCAAUGCUUCACUAAAGGAACCCAUGGAUAAAAGGAUAGAUGCAGACAUAUCCAAGGUCUUCAUGACAGCAGGUCUAGGAUGCCAUCCGGCUGUAUCUAUUUCAGCUUUAUCCAGAGCUUUGCGUUCCUGGUUCCUUGAUUUGGAAUAAUACCUGGAUAGAGGCGUAAGUAGACGUCAAAUGGCAGAAUCCUUAAAGGAUAUUAAACUGGCCAGUAACUGGCUUUUGGAAUCCUCUGCAGAUCUUGUUAGAAUACUUUCUAAAGUUAUGGCACAUUCCGUUACUGCCAGAAGGGCACUUUGGUUAAGGUCCUGAGGAGCAGACCUUUUUUCUGAAAAAUAAUCUAUGUACCAUUCCUUUUUAUGGGAGAGGUACUUUUUGGAAAACCAUUGGAUGAGGCAAUUAAGAAAGUGGCUGAUGUCAAGCAGGUUAUGCUGCCACAGGAUAGACGUCCAAAGAGACCACAAUAUGAUCGUAGACCAUACAGGGAUCAAGGUUAUUUUAGGCAAAGUAAAACCUACAGACCUGGCAGAGAAUACAGUAGGCACUCUAAUUGGAAGAGUGGUCAGAACAUUGUCUUCCAGGAACAAGACCCAAACUUCUUCCUUUCACCCCAACAAGCAAUUCUGAUGGUGGCUUGCAACAGGUACCUAGUGUAGGAGUGUCUAUCGUUCUUUCAGAGGGCCUGGGAAAUCAUUACAGAUGCAUGGGUCAAAUCCAUAAUCACCGGAGGAUAUCAUCUGGUAUUCGAAGCGAUUUCUCCUCCACCAAGGUUCAUCAGAACAAGGCUUCCUACCAACAGACAAAAGAGAGGGGUCUUAAAUCUUUAUGUAAGCAAUCUUCAACAAGGAGUCAUCAUACCAGUGCCGGUGAAAGAACGGUUCUAAUGGUUUUAUACCCCCUUAUUUUUGGUCAAGAAAGCAGGAGGGAAAACUAGACCUAUCUUAAUCUCCAUCAGCUCAACCUUUCCUUAAAAGUAAGAAGAUUUUGCAUGGAAUCCAUCAUUCCUGUUGUUCAUCACAGGGAUUGAUUAAUCUCGGUAGAUUUAAGGGAUUUAUGCAUGUUUCUAUGUCCAUAUCACAGCCAAACAUGAGAAGUUUCUCAGAUUUUGUGUCAGGAAGGAUCAAUUUCAAUUUCAGGCUCUUCCCUUUGGGAUAAGUACAGCUCUGAGGACCUUCUCGAAAAUACUGGUCACCAUCAUUGCUCUAUUCAGGAAAGAGGGUGUUGCAGUUUUUCACUACCUAGAUGACAUCUUGGUAGUGGCAUCAGACUUCGAGACCAUGCUUCAACACAGACAGCUAGUCUUCGAGACUCUCAAUUCGGGUGGUCACAUGAAGACUCAGUUACAUCCGACAAGAGAACUGGUAUUCUUGGGAGCAAAUGUCAAUACCAACACAGCGGUAGGUUGGCACAAUGGAACCUGUGUCCUCUUCAACAUUUAUUCCUGAUGAAUUUCAGAACCAGCUCAAUAGAUUGGGAAAGGUUGAUCCACUUUCCUUUUCAGCUGAAAAAGAAGCUCCUUUGGUGGAUGUCAUGGGAAAACAUAUCCAGAGGUUUUCCUUUGAGGGAAAUAGAUUGGGUGGUCAUCACUACAGAUGCCAGAGAGUACGGAUGGGGAUCCCAUUUGGGAAGUAAUUUUUUUUCACGCAAAAUGGCCCCCAAGGACACAGUGCUUACCUUCCAACAUCAGGGAACUCAGAGCAUCAUUUCUAGCACUCCUACAUUUCUAACACCUUAUCCAGAAUUCUUGGAUCAAAUUGAGAGUAGACAACAAGGCAGCUGCUGCAAAUGUAAACCACCAAGGAGGAACCAGAAGUGUUGCCUUGAUGAGGGAAGUACUUCCUAUUAUGUACUGGGCACUGGUACAUGUGGAGGGCCUGUGUGCAAUUUUUCUCCCAGGGAAGGAGAAUGUAAUAGCAGACUUUCUCAGCAGACACCAGAUAGAUUGGAAUGGCAUGGCAACUUUCAAAGACUGUCUUCAAACAAUUGGUCCAGAGGUGGGGUCUUCCCCAAGUGGACCUCAUAGCGACUGCUCAGAACACUCAGGAUCCGUGCUUUGUCUCAAGGAGGUGCCAUCCGAAGGCGGCCGCUCAAGAUGCCCUUUCAAUCAGAUGUUUUUUUUAGAUGUGGCUUACAUUUUUCCCCCAAUUCCUCUCAUCCACGCUGUUCUGAGGAAGAUGUCCAGGGAACAUUGCAAGGUAAUCCCCUUCUGGCCAUGUCGGCCUUGGUUUCCUCUGUUGAAACAGCUGGCAAGGGAUCAACCUUGGGAGAUUCCAGUUUCCGAAGAUCUAUUGACUCAAGGUCCUGUGUUUCAUCCGGAACCUCACAAAUUCAGACUUCAUGCAUGGCUAUUGAAAGGCAUCCCUAAUUGAGCAAGGCUUAUCAGACCAGGUGGUAUCAAUCCUUUUAUGUUCCAGAAAGUCAUCUACUUCCUCUAGUUACCAUGAUAUUUGGGAAGCUUUUGCAUUAUGGGGACAUUUCACUGUUGGGGAUUUCAGUACUCCUUCCAUAUCUCGAGUCUUGGGUUUCCUGCAAGCAGGCCUGGAGAGUGGUCUUAAGCUCAACACCCUUAAGGUAAAAACGAACACUAAAAAGAGGGAGGGGAGAGGAACACUAGAGGGGGGAGAGAGGAACAUUAAGGGGGGGGGGCACUAAGGGAAAAGGGAAGUUUUUCAUAUUAGAUUAAUUAAAUUCAUUAAAAAGUCUAAUAUUAAUAAAAUUAUAGGAAAAAACUUUUUUUAAUUCAUUUGGGGUGGGGAGUAUCAUUUUCAAAAGGGCAUCCUGAAUUUUCAUUAAAAAGUCUAAUAUUAAUAAAAUGAUAGGGAAAAAACUUUUUUUUAAAUCAUUUGGGGGGGGGGGGAGUCGUUUUCAACCAAGGGCAUCCUGAAUUUUCGGUUUAGGCUCAGAAUUUUCAUUUUGGUGCAUCCCUAGUAAUAAAGAUUAGGCCUCCUAUUAAGAAAUUCUCAGCACCAUUGAAUUUACCUCUGCUUCUACAGGCUUUAACGGAUCCUCCUUUUGAACCUGUUCGUGAAAUUCAUACACAGGUUCUUUCUCUGAAGACCCUGUUGUUACUAGCUUUAGUCUUGGCUAGAAGAAUGUCAGACAUAAGGGCAUUAUCAUCUGAAGAACCUUGCACUACCUUCUUCGAUGAUAGGGUUGUCCUACGUCAAAGACUGGAGUUCCUUCCAAAGGUCGUUAAGGUUUUUUUCAUCUAAAUCAGGAUAUUAUCCUGCCUGGCUAUUUUCAAAAUCCUUCUUCACCUGAAGAGGAAAGAUGUCAUAAGUUAGACUUGAGGAGAUGUUUAUCCAUGUAUAUUGAGCGCUCAGCUGAUUGGAGAAAAUCUUCUCAAUUAUUUGUGAUACCAUGGGGUUCUCGUAAAGGCGAAGCUGCAUCAGUCUCUACUCUCAGUUCCUGGGCCAUUUUGGCUAUUUCUAAGGCAUAUAAGGCGAAAGAUGUGCCUGUUCCCAAGGAUAUCAGGGCACAUUCUACAAGGCCCAUUGAUGCAUCAUGGGCUGCAGAGUCUGGGGUUCCUGCAGAGCGUCUGUAAGGCUGCCAAUUGGUCAUCUCUGAAAACUUUUGUGAAACGCUACAAGGUUCAUGUCUCUUCACGCUCUGAUUCGGAGUUCGGCCUGUCUGUUCUGAACUCUUAUCCUCACAAUUAAUAUAAUAUCAUAAAGUUGUUGUUUUUUGUAGCAUGUAUUUCCCUCCCUGUGUUAUUAUUGCUUUGGGAAUCCCAUAUGUGAAAUGCUGCCAUGAUUAGCCAGGAAUAGGGAAAAUGUAUUAAUAUUCACCAUCAUUUUCUUUUCCUGGCUAUUAUUCCUGGCAGCAUUUGGUUUCCCACCCUCUCUUGGAAUUUUGUUUUCGUCUUGUUAAUUGACUGAGAAGUUGAAGCUAAUGGGGUCCCUAUUAUACCAGGGGAAGGUAUGCUUAAUUGUUUAAUUGAUUGUAUUUCCUGUCCUGAGGGUUAGAGGUAGGAGCUAAAUCAUAUGUUAAAUGCUGCCAGGAAAAGAAAAUUACGGUAAGUAUUAAUAAGUUUUCCCUAAAAAAUGUAAACCUCCGUUUGAACAGGUCCCACUGAUACAUUCUCCAACGAAUAUGUUUAACAGCCUGAGAAAAGUAUGCUGUUAAAGGGACACUCCAGGCACCCAGACCACUUCAGCUAUUUAAAGUUGUCUGGGUGUUGUGAGCCUUUUGCACUUAGUACUGCAAUGUAAAACAGACAACCACUAGAGGGCUUCCGGAAUCCAAACCGACCUUUGGUCAGUUAUCUGACGUUGGACGUCCUCACGGCGUCAGAUUUCCAUAUAAGAAAGCAUUGAAUAAUGCUUUCCUACUGCGCCGAUGUCAGCAGAGCGUGGGCUCAGGUAAGUAGCUGAAGGGGUUUUAACCCCUUCAGCAACAUGGGGGGGCAGGAGGGAGGAGGGAACUCCAGGAUUCUCUAAUGCCAGGAAAAUGGGUUUGUUUUCCUGGCACUGGAGAGUCCCUUUAAAGUAGCCCUCCAUUGUUAAAAAACAAUAUUCCGUUUUAACGUUUGGAGUGUCUUUGCCUGCUUAGCUUUUUCUCUAGCUGUAUCUCCUAUCAUGACUGUUCUACUUCACCCUUGGGAUACUGCAAUCACAAACGUCUCACUUCCUGUCCAAAUGAAAUUAGUGCAUGUGCAGCCAUUGCCACAAAUAUGGUGACCGCCCAAUAAUAUGCUUUUCAUAUGAAAGAAUUUGACUGCUUCCCAAUAGAAGCUCUCACUUCCACUUGAAUGAAGGAUAAUACAAGUGGAAUGAACUAGGAAGUCCUCCUAACUGUAAGCUUGAUUGCUAUGGGGAUGUUCUUAAAUGAAUUCAUAUGCGUACCAAUUGCUCUUGAAGUAAGCACUUUUAUGAAUAUGGGCAAGGGUAAUAUUUAUGCUUAAAUAUUUUGGUGAGCUUUAAGUUGAUAUGCAGAAUUGUUAGAGGAACCACUAUUGCAUUAGGAAUACAAACAUGUUUUGCAAGGUUACAUUACAACUACAGGGUCACUGCACCCAUGCCACGUCAUUGGGAUUAAGGUGGUCUGGGUGCCUUUUGUGGUCCUUUAGUGCCCCCUGCCGGCAAAAAUUAACUAACAAUUAUGACGUUAUUUUGACAAAGACAAUGGCAAACUAUACCAUACAAAAUGUAAAAAUAAUUUUAUCCAGAAUUAAUCCCUAUGUAGAAAACAUUAUACUGACAUUUAAUUUGCAUUGUUGGAAUUCCAUACACACACAAAAAUUAAAUAAAAGAAUUACAAAAAAAAUAUCUAUUUUGCUGGAUUGUGAGAGAUAUUAAAACAUGUUUUAAAAUGUGAACAUGUUUUAAAAUGUGAAAUUUCUUGAGAAUUGCAUGAGGUUCUUGACAUUGAAAAUACUUGGCGGGAGUAGAAACCAUUGGAAACUAUUUUUUUAUUUUAAGAUUUUUUUUUUUUAAAUGUCUAGUAUCAUGCAUCAAAAAAAAAAAAUUUACAGAAGUUUAAAUCCUAACUUUUGUUCUAUACAGUUGGCUCAUCCAAAAAGUCCCUCUCCUGCAAGAAUAUCUCAACUGAACAGGAGUUUUGAAGAGGAACAUUAAAUGGACUGUGACAACUGUGGACAAUUUGCUACGUAGGACGAUCUACAGUUUGCAACAAUUUUAAGCAGGAUCAGCAAUAACAACAAAAAUCACUUAUAUUUUUUAUUUUUUUUAUUAACAGUUUUUGCUAUUUACUAGACAAUGCGUUUGUUUUCUUUAUCAAAGAUUUGAUGGGUUAUUAAAAAAAAAAAAUGCAAACAAAAAAAAAACCUCUGAAUGAAACUAUGAAGUACAUAGCUAUUAAUUGUUAAAUUCUUUUUUUUUUUUUUUAAGUCUUUUAAUUGUUUACCAUUGAAUGCAGCUUCUAGUGUUUGCACACAGAUACCUUGAGAAACACAAAUGUCAUGUUGCAUUCCUCCUCACAUAGGCACUGAAUUUAAAGGAACACUUCCACCUCUGUAACAACUUAACCGUAUUUAAUACACGUCUGGCAGGAGUGCUGUAGCAUUUUAUUCAUUUAUUUCAUAUCAACUGAUGGUCUCAGUCUGCCAGUCCAACUAACCCUUCCUUGUUCUGCAGUGCAGAGAGGAAUGCAACUUGGAGGCAAAAACACUGGAGCCUCAACUUCAAGCAUAAACCGUUUCCAAGCGAUUUAACCCUGAAGGUAACUUAGAUCAGCUUAAGUUGGUAUUUGAGAGGGAGUGUUCCCUUAACACACAACAUUCCUUUACAUUAGAUUAGUUUUACUGGCAGCUGCCAGGUGGAAUAACAGCUAGUUUAUUCUAGCGCAUUUAUGUUUUUAUAAUUCACAAUUUUUAUUAUCUUGCAAGUCCGUUUUCUCCAGUAGUUUACAAAAUCUAGUAACGUUUAUAUGCACGCAAGCGCAUAUAUAUAUAUAUAUUUAUACCUAGUUGGAAUACUUGGAUUUUGGUUCCAUUUUAUUUAUUGCCACAUUCUUUGGUUCUAUCUCCCUUACUUAAAAUUAUUAUUUUUAUUUUUUCUUUAACUGGGAACUUCAAUUGCUAAUGAAACAGUUACAAAUUUUUUGAUUAAGUCCCACUGGUCCAUUUAAUUUUUUAUUAAAGUAUGUAUUCGAGUUUGUCAUUGGAUAAAGAAAAAUAAUAAAUGCAACCUCAUUUAGGACAAGAAUAAAACUCAAAUGACAUCACGUACUGGAAAUGCCACAUGUAAUUGAUAAAGUUGUUUUACAAAAACCUCUUAAACAAGAGAAACAAUUGGUAACUACUCACGGGAGAAGAACAAAGAGAGAGAAAAGGCCAUUUAUUUUUAACAUGAAAUUUUGUUUGUCAUCUCACAUUAAUGAUGUCUGUAACUGGAUCUGACCUAUUUGCCCAGCAAUAAAUUCAAUACAUUAUUUCCCUUGGAUUGUCAGAUAUUAGAUUGUCUAAAUGUUUUUGGUCAUAAUCAACAGACCAGCUCUCAAUACAACUUAAGAAAAAAAUGUUUUGUUUACGUAUAUGCUAAGACUAUUUUAUUGAGAGGUUACAGAGAUAUAGUCUGUUUUCUACUGAAUAACUACAUUUCUAUGUUACAUAUAUAUAUGUGUAAUAUCUUUGCAUCGAGUGUUUGAACACUUACUGCUUUAAAUUCAGCAUCACCUAAAAUUGACAAUAUUUACAUUAAAGACACAUUUUCUGAGCAGAUUGCUAGUUCCUGUAAUGCCAGGGGCACAUUUAUUCCACAUUUUGGUAAUCUGACACGUUUUUCCUUCUAAUGACUUUCUGGGUAAAAUUAGUGGGUGAUGGGAGGUGUUUUGACAAAAUGGCUGAGUAUUGGAAGGUAAGUAGGGUUUAGACACAAUCUGACAUUAAGUUGUGCCCUGUAGACCUGGUAGUUACCUGUAACAUCCAGAGUCUCUGUGGGGAUAUCUAGCGAGGUUGCCCAGAUAUGGUCAGCUGGGAAAUCUCACCCUAUUGUUAACUUCCAGUUCCAAAACAUUUUGACUACUGAAAAAAAAUCAUAUUUUCAUGCAGUGGAUUUCUAAUGCCUGAAGAUAUUACUAUGCUACUUUCUGAGACACUGAAUUGUCCCCGAAAUAUACUUUUAAGCAGCUGGAGAGUCCAAACUUCAAGUCUGAUAACUAGGCAUUAGCCACUAUAUGAAUAUGUGGACCAACUGGAGACAAUCUGGCACUAGAAAUUAAUAGGUGAAAUUUGUAAUUGUUGAUGCACCUGGCAUUAGGAAUACCACUCUGCAUCUGCCCUAAAAUAGAUAUUUAAUGUAUAUUUUAAUUUUAAGAGAUGCUUGUAGCUCAUGUUUAUUUUAUGUGUAAUUUUCUUGUGUAUUUUACAUGUUUUAUUUCUAGGUUCUAUCAUUUCUCAACAGAAAAAGAAAGAAACUAAGCUGCUUAAUUAUUCAUUGUUACUUAUCAUCUUUACAGUUAAUUAAAUGGGGCUGAAAAAUCAUCUACCUGUUUAAAUAAAUUAAUGCCCCUUGAGUCUCUCAAAAGAAAUGGUUAACAGUGUCUGUAGAUGCAUUUUAUAUCCAUCAGCAAAAGUCAAAUACACAUUUAUGUAUAUAUAUAUAUAUCUGUCAUGUUUAUCCUGAC